GGUACCUUGAAUACACGCACUACUACUUCCGUGAGCGGGGAGACUGCAAAACCAAGUUAUUGGUUAACUUGUCAAAAAAAUUUGGUGGACCUAUAUAAUCGUCUUCCAACUGUUCCACAUUCCGGAUAGAAAUUAUCGAAUCAUCGUCCCCCCCAUGCCCGCAUUCGAUUUGAUUGUGGUGGGCUCCGGAGGUGGUCCCGACGAAACCAACCUAUCAGGGUAUCUGCUCAAGCCUUGCGACGCUGCUUGGGAUAAUGGUAUGAUUGCGCUGGAGGCGGGUGCGUCAGUUCGUACAACCGUGUCUCGCGACCACUGGCUCACGCUCUCACCGCCAGGGUCCGGACUUGGCGCGCUCAGACAUAUCAUGAAGGGCGACCCAAACAUCUUCGGAGAACGUCCACCGGAUGCAGAUUCGACAUCUUUUACUCCUCUCACGGUAUAUUCAAAUGUCAAGUGCUUUCUCCUUACACACGCACAUCUGGACCAUAUAGGCAGUCUUGUGAUGGCCGCAGGAACGCUUGGCGGUGUCAGUAAGCGUAUAUAUGGCUCACCUCAGACUCUCAGAGAUCUGGAGACUGUCUUCUCUGGAAGGGUAUGGCCAAGAUUAGCAACCUAUGAUGAGAAUGACCCAUUAAUCCGAUUGGUGUAUAACGCCCUCCAUUCAGACGGCAAAUACAAGGUCAUCUUCCCCAAUGUCUCCGUCCGCAUCAUGGCUAUCAGCCACGGGACAAAUGACUGUGGCUCAUACGACGAUUCGUGCUUCUUCGUCCGACACGACCCCUCGAAACAUGAGUUCCUCUUCUUCGGUGAUGUCGAGCCCGACAGCAUCGCUAUGAAGCCGAAGAACAUCACUGUCUGGCGCGCAGCAGCUCCAAAGAUACCGCACGACCUGUCUACCAUCUUCAUCGAGUGUUCAUAUCAAGCAGGGCGGCCGGACGGGGAAUUGUGGGGUCAUCUCAGCCCCUGUCAUCUGGUACAGGAGCUGGUCACGCUAGCAACAGAGGUCGUUAUGGCCCGGAAAGCACCCAAAUCACGCUCAGGAUUAAGACCGCGAAAGAAGCAGCGGAAUGACGCGAUCUCACCUGAAGCCCUCCACUGGCGCACUCGAGGGGAACGACCGAUCAGCCACGUUAUUGGUGACCAGUGUCGCGAGCUACUCGCACCGCACCAACUAGGGGUCGAACUACUCACCGCAGACCAAGGCAUGAAGAUUGUUGCUGUUUUUGUCACAAGAUUCACUCAUGGAUACCAUCCUACGAUCGAUUUGUACCUUUUGACGCAUCUUGUACCUUGA